AUGGAACAAAACGGAGUGAUAUCGCGAAUUGAAGAUCCGACUGAAUGGUGCGCCCCGAUGGUGGUAACACCAAAAAGCAAUGGAAAGGUUCGGAUAUGUGUAGAUCUCACGAAGCUCAACCAGUACGUACAACGCGAAAACCACCCACUACCAAUACCCGAAACAACAUUUGCAAACCUUGCUGGUGCUCGGCAUUUCUCAAAAUUAGAUGCGAACUCGGGAUUCUGGCAAAUUAGACUGUCAGAACAAGCAAGACCUCUCACAACGUUCAUCACCCCAUGGGGACGAUAUUGUUUUAACGUUCUUCCCUUUGGAAUAAGCUCAGGCUCUGAAAAGUUUCAGAAGUGUAUGUCUCAAAUCCUCGAAGGUUUAGAAGGUGUCGAAUGCAACAUUGAUGAUGUUCUAAUAUAUGGUACAACGCAAGAGGAGCACGACCAAAGAUUGGAAAAGGUACUCCAACGACUCGGCGAUGCCAACGUCACCCUUAAUCCUGAAAAGUGUGUAUUCAACGUCCCCAGCGUGAAAUUUUUAGGUCAGAUUGUUGGAUCUGACGGCAUAAAACCAGACCCAGAGAAAAUACAAGCAAUCCUGAAAAUGCCACCACCCACUAACAUACAUGAAGUCCGUUCCUUCCUUGGCAUGGUGAAUCAAUUCAGCAAAUUUACCACCAAUCUCGCCGUCAUGACAAAACCCAUUCGCGAGCUGCUGGUCAAAAAUACCGCAUGGACAUGGGGACCUCCACAACAAAAUGCCUUUGACAAAAUCAAGAAAACCCUGACAUCAGCACCAGUUCUGACCUUGUAUGACCCCAAGAAAGAAACAAAAAUAGCAGCUGAUGCUUCGUCAUAUGGCCUAGGAGCGGUAGUUCUACAAGAAGAAGAGCCAGGUAACUGGAAACCUGUAUCAUUCAUUUCAAGAUCGAUGACAGCAACUGAGACUAAGUAUGCGCAAAUAGAAAAAGAGGCUCUGGCCGUUACUUGGGCAUGUGAGCGGUCAAGCAACUACAUCAUUGGAAAGGCGAUAAUAAUAGAAACUGACCAUAAACCACUAGUUCCCCUGCUCACCCAACACACGGUCGACAAACUACCUCCAAGGCUACAACGCUAUAAGAUGAGACUCAUGAGAUUUCACAUCAAGGAAGUCCGACACGUACCUGGAAAACUACAUUACACAGCUGACACUUUGUCAAGAAAAAUACCUGAGGGCACAGCUCAACCAACGAUAGCAGAACAGGAAAUGAAUACCUACAUCUCCAGUGUAAUGGAAGCACUCCCGGCAUCAAAUCCAAGAUUGAAACAAAUACAACAAGCUCAAGAUGAGGAUGAGGUAUGCAAAGAAGUGAAGAAGUACUGCAUGGAUCAAUGGCCAGACAAGGAUCAUGUCACCCGGGCAGUAAAACCAUACUGGUCAGUACAAGGAGAACUCACAAUUGUUGACGGGUUAUUACUAAAAGGAACAAGACUAGUUAUUCCAUCCAAUCUUCAACGCCAAACCCUUGCCCAAAUACACCAAGGUCACCAAGGGAUUAACAAAUGCAGAGAACGAGCCAAGAUAUCCGUUUGGUGGCCAGGACUUAGUGCACAAAUCAAAACUAUGGUUGAAAAUUGUACACCUUGCAGCAAGCACAGACAACAGCAUGCAGAACCGUUGAUCCCAACGCCACUCCCAGCAAGACCAUGGCAACUGAUCGCAACAGACUUGUUUAUUCUAGAAAAGGUGACCUAUCUACUAGUGGUAGAUUAUUAUUCUCGAUAUGUUGAAGUUGUGGCACUAACCAAAGAUACAAGUUCAACAAAGAUAAUACAAGCUUUAAAAGCCAUCUUCGCCAGGCACGGGAUUCCGGACGAAGUACGUUCCGACAAUGGGCCCCAAUACCACAGUGACGAGUUCGCCCAGUUUGCAAAAGAAUGGGGAUUCAAGCAUAGUACCAGUAGUCCUCGCUAUCCUCAAGCGAAUGGAGAGGUAGAACGGGCAGUAAGGACAGUGAAAAAUAUCUUGAAGAAAGAAAAAGAUCCCGCAAAAGCAAUGUUAGCAUAUAGAUCAACACCAUUAGCCAGUGGAUAUUCGCCAGCGGAACUCCUCAUGGGGAGAAAGAUAAAAUCAACAAUACCAAUAAUGGCACAACAGCUCACACCGCAGCUACCAAACCAGGAACUUUUUAAAGCAAAGGAAGAAGAAUAUAGAUUGAAACAGAAGAAGAAUUUUGAUAAUCGCCAUAAUGCUCGAACCAUGAAGCCUUUGACAUCAGGAACAACAGUUUAUGUGACAGAUAUGAACUGCACAGGAACAGUAAUCAAAACAUCCAACAAACCAAGAUCAUAUUUGGUUGACACCCCUAUGACGGUUAUAAGAAGGAACAGAGCACAUCUGCGUAGUAUUCCAAAUCACACCAUAAUUCAGCAAGUCGAGAAGAAACAAGAGAAACAGGAAGACUCACCUAAUACGAAUACGAACAACAGACCGAAAAGAAUAAAAACACUUUCUUUAAAGGCCAGAGAGAAUCUGGGACUAGAAUAA